GGAAAGUUAAAUAGAGAGUAAACGCAGACAACACCUAGGGUUCUAUGGGUUUUGCUCAGUUUUUCCGGCGGUGGUUAUUAUCACUCGAUCUGACAGCUUUUGUGGCAGGGCGAGUAAAGAAGACGUAAAUGUCGGCCUUACUGAACGAUCGGGCAAGUCUCAAAGACAUUUCAUUGGGUUGGCAUUGAUGGAAGAAGACCACGGGCAAAUAGAAAUUGAAGUGUUGGCUCAAGCCUAUGGUAGGAUGGAGAUGGAAGAACUGGAUGAGGUACUCUUGGUGGUUGCUAUGAAUUCAAACACAACAAGUGCAAAUUGUUUUUCUUGUAGGAAUCGUUACAUCAGGACUAAGGGCUGGAUGAUAUAUGUUUCAAUUUUAUCAUGAUGGUGAUAUGAUUAGAGUUAUUGAGGAAGGAUUGUGGAUCUAUGAUCAAAAUCUUAUUGUCAUGAGUAAACUGAAAGGAGAUUUGCCUAUGUUUGUUCUCUUGAAUAGAGCAUAUUUCUGGAUACACGGUCAUGACAUACUUGUUGGUUAUUUUACUCUGAAUAACACGAAAAGAAUUAGUAAUUUUGUGAGGCGGUUUGUUAAUGUUGAAGAGUAUAAUUUCUACGCUAAAUGGAACCCUUUUAUGGGAAUCAGGCUUAAUAUGGACUUCGGAAAACCUCUGAAAAGAAAUCUAUUUCUGCAAAAGGUAGAAGGAAUAAAUUUAUGUGUAACUUUUCACUAUGAAAAAUUACCCAUUUUCUGCUUUUGCGUGGACUUAUUGGACACACCGAGAAUUAUUACCCUCGUAAAAUGGAGGGACGUGCGAGGAUUGAAGACAUAUCAUUGGGCCUGUGGCUUAAGGUAAUAAAAGGAAGAGCGCAGGUGGGAGAAAAUAAAUUACUAAUUUGGGCUGGCAUAGGGUGGAAUAUAAGCAGGGAAACAUGUCAAGUAUAACGACUACAACUAAUGAAAAGCAUAGUGAAAUAUUUGAGGAUAUGAGAUCAGCAAAAACUGGAGAUAAAGUGAAGCAAAAACGCAUAAUAAUUGAUAGGGAGAAGGACAUUCACUCUAAUAGUGAAAAGAAACGAGAUGCAGCUCUAUAGCACAAAACUGAGAUCUUUGCAAACGCAACAAGAGGAGUGUGAAGUGAUGGAACUCCAUAAGCCAAUCAGUUUUUAUUUCUUUCUUUUUAGUGUUAACUGUUUUAUUAAAUACUUUGUUUUUAUCUUUAUCAUUGACAAUGGGUAGGUGGUUUAUUUUUUGAUUUAUUUUGAUGUCUAGUAAUUUGUUUGGAAGCGACCAGACUAAUCUUAUCGAUAAUAGUUUCGUA